AUGAGCAGAAACCGAGCUGAUGUUGUCGACCUGACAACCAGAUCAUCGCGGCAAAAUCCUAUCGCUUUAUCCUCCUCCCCGCCUACCGCCUCAAACCACGCAUCCUCAUCCCGCCAUGGACAAUUGCCUACUGCGCGCGGUGUCAAGCGCCGUCGUCAUUGGAGCGAUGAACACGGUGAUUCCGUCGCACACUCCUCUUCGAUUCUCUCCGAAGGCGAGCCAAUCGAAACGAUCGAUAUGACCGACGACACAGGCGCGGCCGCACUCGCUCGAACAGUGGCCAAGCAGAGGGAGGAUGCCAUUAAAGCGCAGCCGUCGGCAGAGAGUAAUUCAAAACUCUCCGCUAUACUCGCUUACAAAUGUCCCAUUUGCAUGGAGACGCCCGUGGACGCAACAAGCACAUCAUGUGGGCAUCUCUUUUGUCACAAGUGUAUCAUCGACUGCUUGAAGAUGAGCGAACAAACACGCGGCGGUGAUUCUUCGAAACAACACAAGGGUACCUGCCCGGUGUGCCGCACGCCGAUCUCGCGAAAGGAGACGCCUGGGAAGGCUAAGAAUCUCAUUCCGCUGUUGUUUCUAACGAAAAAGCGAGGUGAUCUUGCCGCAUCUGGCACGUAG